AUGGACGCGGCGGCGGCUGGGGGUCCGCAGGCCCGGCGGAGCGCGGCCCCGCCGACGGCGCCCGAGGCGGGAGUCAGCAGCAAGUCGGCGGACGGCGUCGACGCGGGGCCGCCAGCCCGGAUGGAGGCGCUGGCGGGCCGAGCGCGGGCGGGCCCCGCCGCCCCGCGGCUCGGCGCCCGCUCGGGCCCCGCUGGCCGCGCGCCCGCGCCAAUGGGCGCCCGCGGGGCCCUCGCCCCGCCCCUGGACCGCCCCCGCAACUCGAGCCAACGCGGGGAACGCGGGCUGGGGGGCCCCCGGAGCCCCCGGGGGCGACGAGCGCGCGGCCACCACCUGCCCGGGCGGGCGGAGCGGUCCGCGCAGCGUCCAGAGCGGCAGCCGGAUCCCGAGCGCCCCCAGGUGCCGCGCGGGAGCUCGGAGCCCCGGCAGCGGCCGCCAGGUGCGGGGCGCCGGGGAAGCCGCCCAGCCGCGCGGAAAAUCCGGGUCAGACCCGGGGGCCCCGAGAAACGUGGCAGGAGUCCUACCUGCACGGCCGAGCUCUGCGGCGUGCGUCUGAGCGACUCGCCCUCGGGGCCCACCCAGAGCAGCCGGAUAAUGGCCCCCGCGUUCUCGGCUGCGCCGCCGAGAUCCUCAGGUCAAAGGCACUCUCCAACCCCGCGACCUCUCCCGCCCCCCGCAGCCCCUGCGGCGCGCGCCCUGCAGAGGGAAGGGGCCGCCGGCGGCGGAAACCCGCGCCCCGCUCGCGCCCUCGCUCCACCAUCAAUCACUGGGCCCGCGCUCGGCGCGCGCCUCUCCACAUCCCCAGCCCGGCAGGCUGCAGGCGCCGUGCCUCCGGGGCGAGGAGCGCCUCGGGCCCCGCGGCGGGGACUCCGGGCUGCCUUCCCCACUCCCGGAGUCCUUGCCAAAGGGCCAACGAGAGUGGCGCGGGUUUCGGGGCGGGCCGCUUGCGGGAGCGCGGUCGCCGCCGAGCGACCGGCCCGCAGCCGAUCCCCGCGCCCCGCGUGGGCCUCCACAGUGGCCGCCCGCUUAGGGACCGCGGCGGGCGCGGGUCGGGGCCGCGGAGGCGGCGGGGAGCUCACCGUGCGAGGGGCUGCGGGCUGCCGGAGGAGCCGGGGCCGAGGACGGGUGAGCGCUGUGUGGCGGGCGGUGGACGCGGCUGAAGGUUCUAGGGCCUGGAGUUCGAAUGUCCACGGAGUUGUGUGCAGCGUGCCUGUGAGAAGCGUUCCUGGAGCCCGGUGUCGGUGUGGGGUCCCUGAGCUGGCUGCUGGACAGAGGCCCCCCUGCCCCGGGCACUAUCCCACCUUCCCCAAGCCCCACGUGGACGGCGCGUUGGGCCAAGACCCCUGUUUCAGGGCCUUGGUGGGGUUUUCUCCGGUUGGGAGCCGUCUGGGGACCCUGCCGCUGCUUUCUGCCCAGCCCUGCCAUGCGCCUGGACAGAGCAAGGAGCCCCCCUCUGAGGACCUGGGACACCGCAGAGGCGACGUGGAACCCGCCGUGCCCACCCCAGAGCCCCCGGGGAAGAGACACAGGAGCACCCUGCUAAGGACGCCAACGCCGACCCCGGGACUGAAUUUGCCCCCAGUCUCUCAGUCUGGGCUGGCCCCUUGUUAAAUGGGGGAGCCCAAAUUGUGUGGGCCAAAGA